GGGUCUGCAGAUUUUUGUCCCCCUUAAACUCUCGCGCCGCCCUCAUCGCAUCGCACCUUGGUUGGGUCGAGUCCCGUCUCUCUCCCAGUCUCCCCAUGACGUGCGUGUAGUUGGGACACUUGCUUGCCGCUAGAAUGGUGCACUUCGUCUUGGCGAGAAUCAAUGCCCUGUUUCACUUCAAUUAAUCAAUUGAGCUCUCGGAGCUGAACAAAAUAGAGUUUAUUUUUGGGGCUAUUUCAUUCCUCGACGGAUUUGAUAUUCCCACGGCCCAAGGAGAACACGAUGCCCAUCUGGAGAAGUUAUGCGCCGAAGUGGAUAUCCGCUCUGUUCCGCUUCUGUCUCUGGCUCCAGUGGUUGGCGAUGUUGGAGAAGGCGGAGGCCAUCCACCCAGACUGUGCCCUAGUGGUGCAGCUCGUCAAGGCCAAGGAGAACUGCAUCUGGGCUCGCCGUCAGGAGGCACGCAACCGCACCUCUGCAUCAGGGUGUCAGACAAAGUGGGAUGACAUAAGGUGCUGGCGGGGGGCUCCGGUGGGCCAGGUGGUCCGCGUCUCCUGCGCCAACGUCUCCCAGAUGUUCGCCAACAACGAAGGUUACGUGUACAGGAACUGCACGCGGAAGGGCUGGUCGGAGCCGUACCCCUCCUAUGAAGAGGCUUGCGUGUUCGCAGGGGACCCUGAGAGUGGGUCAGAGACGACCACAUACUUCUCCAACUUCAGGCAGGUGUACACAGCGGGUUACGCCACCUCCCUCAUCGCUCUCAUCUCAGCUAUUUGUGUCUUCACUGUGUGCAGGAAGUUCCACUGCACCAGGAACUACAUCCACAUCAACCUGUUCUCCUCCUUCAUCCUGAGGGCCAGCGCCGUCUUCAUCAAGGACGGGGUCCUCUUCUCCGAUGAGAACCUCGACCACUGCUUCAUGUCCACCAUUUCUUGUAAGUCUGUAGUGGCCUUCUUCCAGUUCAGCAUCUUGGCAAACUACUUCUGGCUGCUGGUGGAAGGGAUGUACCUCCAGACCCUACUGGCUCUCACCUUCGUCUCCCAGACCAAGUACUUCUGGUGGUACAUCCUGAUCGGCUGGGGUUUCCCCACUACCAUCAUAAUGGCCUGGAUCCUCACAAGACACUUCUACGAUGACAACGGCUGCUGGGAUGAUACAGAUGUGGUGUUCAUCUGGUGGAUCAUCAAAGGACCAAUCACGGCCUCACUACUGGUCAACUUCCUCAUCUUUAUGAACGUGAUUCGCAUUCUUGUUCAGAAACUCAAAUCUCCUGGCGUCGGUGGCAAUGACACCAGCAACUUUAUGAGGCUAGCCAAGUCCACCCUGUUCCUCAUCCCUCUGCUGGGGAUGCACUACAUGGUGUUCGCCUUCCUGCCAGAGAACACAGGAGCAGAGGCCCGCAUCUUCAUAGAGCUGGGCCUGGGCUCCUUCCAGGGCUUUGUGGUGGCCCUGCUGUACUGCUUCCUGAACGGAGAGGUCCAGGCAGAGCUGAAGAAGCGUCUGUGCAAGUGGCAGACCCAGAACUACCUGCGCUACAGCAAACGCCGCCGAACGCUCUUCAUGGAGAGCAGCACAAUCACCCAGAGCUCCGUCCUAGACAAGUCCAGCCCCAAGGACCGGCCGGCCUCAGAAACAUGCACAAUGAUGUGCACCGCCACAUAGUAGCGUCUUGUCUUUCUGAAUCAACGCCGCUUCCACAAGGAACCGGUUCAUUACGGCUCACUGGUCCUCCGCACUCGUCAUACACACCUCAUCGGAGGUAGAGAAUUCAGGUCCACAAAGUAAAAUAAGCCCCGUGCUGGGUCGGCCAACCACUGGCAAUGAGUCAGUUGUUUGACCUUGUGCUUUUUUUAGCUUUACUUACGCACGGACACAAUGAGAAAGGACAAAAGUGUUUACAGUUGACAUGGCGUCGAUGGUUUACGUGCCAUACAACAUGCUCUAGCAGUGAACAACAAUAUAUUCAUAAAAUGAACGAAAACAACACAUUUAAGGGAUUCUACCUUUAUUCAAUCAAAAAACUUAU